UAAGUCCGAAAUAUAAGAAUGGCUUUACCAGAACCUUUAUUACUUGACGAAGAGCUCGAAAAUCAAUGUAACGAAAUAAGAGCUAUUGCAUCAAAGAAUUGGCUGAGCUCUGCCCACAGCUCCUUACAGCAUUUGGACCAGAUAAAGACAUCUGUCUACAAUGUUGGAAUCCAUGAUCCUAAAGACCUUAAAGCCACCAACCUGUCUCAUAGAGGACAAAGAAGUCAGAGUUAUACAGAUCUAGCUAAUACCCCAAAUGGCCCACCUGUUUCACUACAGAAAAAUGCCAUUGCUUGGGGAAGUAAUGGAUCAAUUCCUGACCUCCUGGCUCAGCAUAGUGCCCGGUCUCAAAUGUCUGAGAAGCCUUCAGUCCGACAUACUCGUCCUUCAAGCAGUAAAAAAUCUCGACCUCAGAGUGCAAAAGAGUUACACAAUGCAAAGGGAUCACAACUCCCACCAAGAGGACCCAGUAUUGGAGUGAAAGGUGCCCGAGUAGAUCCAGCAGGGAGACCCCCAAAGACUGUACAUUACACAUCAACUGGAUGGGUGGGACCCCCAGCAGGCCUCAAGUUUGCUGAUGAUUUACCAACAGACAUUUCAUGUGGCAGGAUAUCCCUUGGGGGGUCACCCCCACCAGCUCCAGCAGGGUCACCCAUUCCUCCAGACGUUGAUGAUUAUCACAUUGAAGAGAAUGAGGUCAUAAAUACAGAACCUCCAAAACUAGCCUCCCCAGAGCCCAUUCACUUCUCACUCCCCAGGAUGGAGGAGGAUUAUGAAGAAGAUAGUGACCUUGACACUGAAAGGCUUUUAGCCAAGGCAGAAGAACAUGCACCAACACCUGUGGUUACAGAAAACUUACCUGGAUUUACUUACACACACAAUACAAGUAAUAAACCAAAUGCUGGUCAUUUGGAGGUCAAUGGGCAAGAUGAUGUUGCAUUACCCUCUAGAAUUCUAAAAGAGGAAGUAGAUAACAAUUCAUUGUCCAAUGAUGUCAAUACCGUAUCAGAUGAUUCUGAUGAUUUGUUUGAGGAAGAUGACGACAGCUUAGAAGAUGAUUGGGAUGAAGAGUUGGCAGAACUGGACCAAAAAGAUUCAUCUUUCAAUGAAAAGAAUGAAAAGACCUCUGUCAAAUUCCGGGAGGAUAAAAAUGUUACUAUAGAUAUCACCCCAAGAAACCUAGGCUACAAAGUGGCUGACAUGGAAACGCAUUCCAGGAAAAAGCGUAUUUCUCCACAGAUGAAAGGAGAAUUGGAGUCUGUAUUAUCCAUCCUCAGCACAGGUCUACCAAAGAAUGGCAUCUCUUUAACAGAAGUAAACCAAGAUACCAAGCACAGUGUUGAACGCAAAUAUAGUCAGCAGAGCUGUGAAAUCUCAAAGAAACCAAAACCUCUCAAUUCUGCAUUGAAGCAGAGACCUGUAUAUGACACAAAGUGUGAAAAAAGACUGACUCAUGAGAGACCAAGGUCUGCUAACAAGCCCUCCACCCCUGUUACAACAGUCACUGUGGCAUAUAGUGACAUGGAGGAAAUCAAGAAAAGCUCCAAAUCAAAGGGCAGCAAGAAACAUUCAGAGAAAGAAGUCAUCACCAUGGUAGAGAGAGUUCUGUCUGACAGUGAAGAGGAAAGUGUUCCAGAGGCUGAUAAGGAGGACAUAACUCCUGACAAACUGGAGUCAUGGAUGCCAACCAAGUGUGUAUCUGAACCCCCUAAGAACUAUUACGAAUUAUCUCGGAGAUCCACAUCUGUGCAAAGUCAUUUCCGAGAACUCUCUCCCAAAACAUCAAACCAUAUGUACAAGACAACAAAAACAAUCGAGUUUGAUGAAUACAAGCCAAAGGAAACAACUAUAAAGAAUGUGAUAGAUGCAAGUGCUCUGUUGAAGAGUCGAGACAGGGAGAGGUUUGUGGGACUGGAUGAGGAAAACAGGGUCAAGGCCAGGCCAUCCAGUGAGCGACCUCAUCAUGUAGCUCCUAAAGAGAGGCUGACAAACAGACCAAGCAGUGAAAUGUCUCAAAAGAUCAAAUCUAGUCAAAAUCCAGAACUGCCUGUUGGUAAAUUGGGUGCUGUUGCAACACAUCUUGAUAAAGUAAAGUCUGUUGAAAAGAAGAUGCUUAGAAGACCUCUCUCUGCAACACAUAGUCAACGAAAGUCUGAAGUGUCACUGCAAAAGGAAGAGUGUAUUGACACAUUAAAAGGAACAGUGAAUGAAAAAGUAAAUUUGUCACAUGGACCAAAACCUGAACUGAGUGAAAGGGAGAGAGAGAUAGAAAAUCUUAUCAAUAAACAUCUACGCAGAAAUGAUGCAGCAACCCCUGGAUGUAAACCAGAAGACAGAAUGCUUCCAGAACCUGAUGCUUCAGACAAGAAGAUGACAGAGAACCUCAAAAGCAGCAAGAUGGAUGAAGCCAAAGAAACAGAAGCCAUAUCACAUGACCAGGAAGAAGGUGCGGAAGUGAAAGAGAGGCCACCUUCAGGAAGCAAGGCUAAGACUGCAUCCAGGAAGACAAAGAAGAAUUAUGAAGAUAUUGAAACAUUAGUCAGUGGGACAUACAAACCUACACUCAAAUCUGAGAGUUUAAAGGAAAACAAAGUCAACAAAAUUGUACUGAAAAUGGCAGAAACUAGGGUCAAUGCCAAGCUAACAGACAACACGAAGCACUACGCGUCUUACUCCCGGAGUCGUGUGAGAUCUGCCCCGCUCCGUAGGGUCGCAUCAGAACCAAAAGUCAGAUACACCAAACCAUUCUUCAUCAAUUCCAAAAAUCCAGAUGAUGAUGUCUUCACCGAGAAUGAGCUGGAGGCUUACCAGCUCCAUCAGAGAUUGGCUGCUGCAGAUGUAUUCAUCAGACCAGAAACCUUAGAAAGGGCACUUUAUCCUCCAUCUGGGAAAACUUUGUACUAUGAUGUUGAAAACAAAUUACCUCGAUCAACUUCAGCAAGUUUGUUAAGUCACCCCAAAGUCUGGCUUCCUGUUGAGUAUAAGCAGUUCAAGUUGGCAGAGAAAAACUUAGAUAGAGCCAAUGAAAUAAUCCGCAGAAGGGAACUUGCUGAAGAAAGGAAAGCUCGUCUGGCAGAACUUGGAUCAGCUGCAAAGAAAAAGAAGGGAAAGAAAAAAGGUGGAAAGAAAAAGGGUGCAGGAUCAGGAAAGAACAAGUCCAUUUGCUGAGCAUACCUCCCAUUUGUGCCAAAGGCAGCAGUACUGAUAUAGAUGUUGUCCACAACUAAGUUCAUGUAUCAAGGCUUUGCUGCAUCAAAGACAGGAACUUCAUAGUCAACCAUUCCUUUGUUUUAGAUAUAUGGUAUCAGCAGAAUUAAGGUGUAUUUUGGUAUAUUUCUGUGUAUGGUAUUAAGGUUUAUCAAUUUACAAA